AGCCCCUAUGACAAAAACCAGCAAAUGUCCAACAGCAGCUCCAUCACCCAGUUCCUCCUCCUGGCAUUCGCAGACACACGGGAGCUGCAGCUCUUGCACUUCUGGCUCUUCCUGGGCAUCUACCUGGCUGCCCUCCUGGGCAACGCACUCAUCAUCACUGCCAUCGCCUGUGACCACCGCCUCCACACCCCCAUGUACUUCUUCCUCCUCAACCUCGCUGUCACUGACCUGGGCUCCAUCUCCACCACAGUGCCCAAAGCCAUGGCCAAUUCCCUGUGGGACACCAGAGCCGUCUCCUACUGGGGAUGUGCUGCCCAGGUCUUUUUUUUUGUUUUCUGUGCUACAGCAGAGUAUUGUCUUCUCACCAUCAUGGCCUAUGACCGCUAUGUGGCCAUCUGCAAACCCCUGCAUUACGGGACCCUCCUGGGCAGCAGAGCUUGUUGCCACAUGGCAGCAGCUGCCUGGGGCUAUGGGUUUCUCAUGGCUCUCCUGCACACAGCCAGUACAUUUACACUGCCCCUCUGCCAGGGCAAUGCCCUAAACCAAUUCUUUUGUGAAAUCCCCCACAUCCUCAAGCUCUCCUGCUCAGACUCCUACCUCAGGGAAGUUGGGCUUGUUGUGGUUAGUAUCUUACUAGCACUUGGUUGUUUUCUUUUCAUUGUGGUAUCCUAUGUGCAGAUCUUCAGGGCUGUGCUGAGGAUCCCCUCUAAAAAGGGACGGCACAAAGCCUUUUCCACCUGCCUCCCUCACCUGGCCGUGGUCUCCCUGUUUUUCAGCACUGGCUUCUUUGCCAACCUGAAGCCCCCCUCCAUCUCUUCCCCACCCCUGGAUCUGGUGGUGUCAUUUCUGUACUCGGUGGUACCUCCAGCUGUGAACCCCCUCAUCUACAGCAUGAGGAAUCAGGAGCUGAAAGACACCUUGAAGAAGCUGAUUCUGUCCGUAAUCUCUCAGCAGCAUUAA